UCCCAUUCUAUGCAUAAGAACGGCAGACCCUACACCAAUUCCCAUUUAACGAACAUAUUUUUCUCUGAAGCUGGCAUUGGAAUCUUAGCCAACAGCAUCCUUCUUCUCUUUCACAUCCUCAAGUUCAUUUGUGGGCACAGGCCCAAACCCACUGACCUGCCCAUUGGUCUCUUGGCCCUAAUCCACCUACUUAUGCUACUGACUUCGACAGUCACAGCUACCGACAUUUUUAUUUCUCGGAGGGGCUGGGAUGACAUCACAUGUAAAUUCCUUAUCUACUUGUACAGAAUUUUUAGGGGUCUCUCCCUGUGUACCACUAGCCUAUUGAGUGCCCUCCAGGCUAUCAUCCUCAGUCCCAGAAGCUCCUGUUUAGCAAAGUUCAAGCAUAAGUCCCCCUAUCACAUCUUACAUGCCCUUCUGCUCCUGAAUGUCUUCUAUAUGUUGAUUAGCAGUCACCUCUUAGUAUCUAUUGUUGCCACACCCAACCUGACCGUAUAUAACUUUAUGUAUGUUACUCAGUCCUGCUCUAUUCUACCUAUGAGUUUCCUCAUGCAAAGUACAUUUACCACACUGCUGGCCCUCAGGGAACACUUUCUUAUUAGUCUCAUGGUCCUCUCCAGCGGGUACAUGCUCAUUCUCCUGUGCAGGCACAAGAAGCAGUCUCAACAUCUUCACAGCACCAGCCUUUCUCCAAAAGCACCUCCGGAGCAAAGGGCCACCCGGUCCAUCCUGCUGCUUGUGGGCUUCUUUGUGCUGAUGUCCAUCCUGGACAGCAUUAUCUCCUGCUUAAGAACUAUGUUCCUGAAUGAUCCAACAUCUUACUAUAUCCAACUCUUUGUGGUCCAUAUCUAUGCCACAGUCAGUCCUUUUGUAUUUAUGAGCACUGAAAACCAUAUCGGUAACUUGUUGAGGUCCACAUGUGAGAGGGUGGUAAAUGUUUGA